CCCCUUAGAGAUUUAGGCGCCACCUCUGCCUGCGGCCGUUACUUCCUGGUUGGCUUGCCCUUAACUGACAUGGCGGCUAGCUGCCUUCGGCUGGGCCCACUGCGGCUGCUCAGAAAGCCGAGAAAGGGCAGUCUGUCUACAGCCCGCCUCCCGCCGCGGAGGUGCCUGGUGAAGUCUAGGCUUGUGCACCUAGGGUCGCAGGGGGUUAGGGGCCCAGGAAGUCGGGGACACAGCGCUGUGCUGCUGUGUAUGCACCCUCGUCUGUCAACAGCAGGACUGCUCGAGACAAGGGUGUUCUUUUUACUUUCCCUUAUCAUCUCCCUGUCCCUGGCCCAACAUGAUACUGACCAAAGCCCAGUACGACGAGAUAGCCCAGUGCCUAGUGUCUGUGCCGCCUACCAGGCAGAGCCUGAGGAAGCUGAAGCAGAGGUUCCCCAGUCAAUCGCAGGCCACUCUGCUGAGCAUCUUCUCCCAGGAGUACCAGAAACAUAUUAAGAGAACACAUGCCAAACAUCAUACUUCAGAAGCGAUUGAAAGUUAUUACCAGAGGUAUCUGAAUGGAGUGGGGAAAAAUGGAGCUGCCCCAGUGCUCCUGGAGCUAGCCAAUGAGGUGGACUAUGCACCCUCAUUAAUGGCUCGGAUUAUCCUGGAAAGGUUUCUACAGGAGCAUGAGGAAGCUCCACCCUCCAAGUCUGUUAUAAAUAGUAUGCUGCGGGACCCUUCUCAGAUUCCAGAUGGAGUUCUAGCAAAUCAGGUCUAUCAGUGCAUCGUGAAUGACUGCUGUUAUGGACCACUGGUGGACUGCAUCAAACAUGCCAUUGGUCAUGAGCAUGAAGUCCUGCUGAGGGACUUGCUUCUGGAGAAAAACCUAUCCUUCCUAGAUGAAGAUCAGCUUCGUGCAAGAGGUUAUGACAAAACGCCUGACUUUAUUUUACAAGUACCAGUUGCUGUAGAAGGGCACAUAAUUCACUGGAUUGAAAGCAAAGCCUCAUUUGGUGAUGAAUGUAGCCACCAUGCCUACCUGCAUGACCAGUUCUGGAGCUACUGGAAUAGCAGGGACUUCCCAAGUUCCUUUUAAGAAGUCGGAGCAAUUUCUUCAACAAGACAAAGGCAUGACAGUGAAUGUGGGGAAAGGAGGAGCUGUAAAUGUAGCUGACCCUUGCUGUACCUUGAUUCCAUCAAAUGGACUAGAAAAAAAUACAUUUUUGAGACAAAUCAUCGAAAGUUGAAUAUGGAUUCAUAUGACUUCUUAACAUCAAGAAAUUACUGUUAAUUUUGUUAGACAUGACAGAGCCAUUAUAGUUAUGUAAGAAAAUAUCCAUUUUUAAAAGAGAUACACACCAAGAAUAUGUAGGAGUGGAGAGACUAGGGACUGAGGAUUUCUUGUAAAAUAUGUCAGCAAAAUGCAUAAGUUGAGAGAGGGAAGGGGUGGGUAUUUAGUAGGGGGUUCUCUGCUUUUCAUACAUUUAAAAAUUUUUGCAAUCAAACCCCAAAAAAGUCAGGGAGAUUAUUACAUUAAUCUUGUCCAAAACUAUUGCUUUUUAAUAUAAAAUUAUAAUACCUUAUGUUUUCUUGAUAUCAGUUUUAAUUUAAUUUAAUUUUUUUUAUUUUUAGUUUUAAUUUUAGUUAAAUAAGAAUCUAGGGGAAAAUUCUAGCAAAUAAUACAAUUGAUUUUAAAAUCAUAAAGUAUUAUCUACAAAUGUUUUUUUUUUAAGUCUCCAAAAUUUAUUUCUCCUCAGAUUAUCUAAUUGGCUAACAUAAAAUGCAGUUACAUACUUUAACUCAGUAGCAAACUGGUAUCUUCUAACCUAAAAAAGAGCUAAGAAAUUCUGCACGUUUAUUCAAAAUAUGACAGAAACCUAUUAGCAUACUUUUUUGUGCUCUGAAAAGUAUGUGGCUUCUAAAUGACAUUGCAGAUUAUUUUUUGUUUGCUUAAAUGUAUAAUUUCAGUCCUAUACAGAAUUUUAAAAUGUGUAUAGGUCUUAUAUUUUCAGCUUCAUUUAUUAUCAUUAUUUACUAAAGCAUUUUCUUGAGUUGCAAUUACAUUCUCCCAACUUAAGAAGUAUUAAAUGAAGUGUAUUUUUUCUGCAUAUAUCUUUGUUCUGAAAAAACUUUUGUACAUUUAAAUCAAAAUUUUAAUUCUUCUAUGAUUUGAAAAAAAUCUGCAUGUAUUUAUUUGGCUGUCUUUAGACAUGUAUGCAGUAUUUUUAUCUUUAAAUGACAACAGAACCCCUGAAGGUCUCAAACUCUUAAAGUAUACAUUGAUUUGAAGAAAAGGUAUUCUUCAUAUGAAUUUAUUAUUUAUCCUGUUUAUAUUAAAGGGUAGUUAACCAAAUGUGGUUUUCUAUUUUUGUGGAUCAUUUACAUAUAUUAAGGCAACACAGGAAGCACCAUUUCAAUUUAACCUUCCAGAGAUUAAUCAUUUUAUUUGAAGGAGUUUUGUUGUUAUUCUUUCAAGUCAAUGAUUAGGAAAAAUUCAUAUCAUGUGUGUUUAUAUAAUCAUAGGAGUCAAAAUUGUCUCAAUCUAUGAAUCUUAAUAGUUUGCUCUUGUAACAACUAUGAAGCAAUGUAUUAAAAUGCCUUAAUUACAGGGCAAGAAAAAGAGAAAGCACAGUCUUUUAGCAUAUGAUCUUCAAUUGUUCACCAAAGGAUAAAGAAAGCAUUCAAGCGUGGUUUCAAGAACUGUCAGCAAUAAGAAAAUGCAAGGUGCUUUGUAGAGCCUUAAAGACCUUUCUGGGAAAUAGAUGUAAUUAAAAAGUAAAAUAGACUUUUCAUUUUAAAGAAAUUUUUUAAAUCUUAUAGAAUUUCAUAAUGUUAAUAUAUUAAUAAGGGCAUUAUUUUCUUAUCCCAGAUAAGAAAAAGUCAUCCAUGAAGCUAUUAUAUUUGAUUCACACAGUGAAUCUUAUAAGUAUUUUUUCUUUAGGUUUGAUUUAAGAGUGCAAAUUAUAUGUAUAAUAAUUUUUAAAGGUGUUUUCUGUCAUAUUCCUAUAUACUGAUUACAUCUUAUUCAUAAACUAGGAACAUCUAGUAGUCUUCCUUUUACUAAGAGAAGUCCUUUUAUGCACACUAAAGUUCAAGAUGAUCAGAAAAAUUUAUUUUUGCACUCUUAAUUAACAUGUUCAUAUAUACCUUGCUUCUUGUCAGCAUAGCACUAAUCCUGGCAGUCAGGUAUGAGAAUUUCAGAAGCACUUUAACUUUCAUAUUAAAAAAAAAUUAUUUUCCAUGAAGUUCAGUCCAAAUGUCUAACAGUAUGUCUCCAAGUUGCCUUAAAGUGGAGAAGGUUAACCUCAUUGUCUGAUAAGAAUCUAUUUAUAAAUAAUCCCAGUGCUUAACUUCAGCCUGCUCUGCCUCUGUCAGAGUUUGGGGAUCUAGUCGGCUCCCACCAAGAACCCACACAUCAGUAUGUACUGACUACUUCCAGGCACCAAAUAUAUUCAUGUUUAAAUUGUCUUCAUUUCAGGACACCUCAUCUGGAGAUUAAUCAAUUUCAGAAGAGUAGUGUUUUUAAUUACUCUUUACACUGAGAAACUGUGGGCCAGUGUUAUUUUUCCAUCUAGUCAAUGACCAAUGUAUUCACUGUUCAACAUUAAAAAAAAAAAAAAAAGAUUAAUUUGGCAGUGUAUUAAAAGACCUUAUUAAAAUCUCCAGUGCCUAGACUUCUAUUUAAAAUCACAAUGUGGAACAAUAAAUGCGCAUAGUACAGGGACUGGUCUCCAGUUUAACUCACACAGAGAUGUACCCACUAAAAAGGUCUGCUCUGUGUUUCCAUUAAAUUGAGUUUCUCAGUUUAAAUUAUUAUUCUAUAGAAGAUACCACAGACUACUUUGUUCUUAAAUAGUCAUGCAGUAGAUUGAGUAGUACUUGAAGAUUUGUUGCAUUUUGACUAUAGGAAAAAUAAUGCCUCUGCGUGAUAAUGAGUAUAUGAUUUGCAUGUGCCUUGUAUAAUUCACAGUAUACAUAUGCAUUCAUCAUGUUAUUCUUUGCAAUAUGAUGAAUUAUGUCAGUUUAUUGCAUAUGUCUGCAUGUACCUCAUCUCUUAAUUAAAGCAUUAAUCACUAAAAUUACCAAAGAUAUGUGGUUUUACUGUACUUUUAAAAUUUAAUGUUGAUCUUUGCAUGGUAAUAUACAUAUUAUUUCUUAUUGGUAGGCUAUACUAAGACAUUUUAAGUAAGGAUUUCCAUGUUAUGAUUCUAUCAUAUCAAUUAUUUUAAAUAUGCUUAUCUUAAUAUAUACUUACAACAUACUUUUUAACUGUUUUAAAUCAUUUUUAUAUGAGAUUAAUUCCCUAAAUCAAUAAAAUUACCAAAGACAUAUAUAUGUGCAUAUAUAUGCAUAUUAUAUGAUCAACAUUAAAAUUUAAAAGAAUAUAUAUACUCUAUCUGUACUUUAAAAUUUUAAAGUUGAUCUUUGCAUAGUCAUAUGCGUUAUUUCUAAUUGGUAGACUAUGAUAAGACAUGCUAAGUGAACAUUCCAUGUUUUGCUCCUAGCAAAUCAAUUUCAAAUAUGUUACUUUGUUUAACUUUUUAUUUUAUAUUGGAGUUUUAAAUAUUAAAUAUACAUUUGCCACACCCUUUAA